AUGUGGACUGACCGGCUUCCGGACGAGCACGGCGCAGACCACGACUUUGACCAUCCCACGGCAUUCGAUGAGCCUGCGAUCGUGGAGUGCCUCAGGGAUCUCAAGGCGAGUAGGGUGGGUGUGCUUGCUCUGCGAACGCAGGCGAUGAAGGUGGUGGACGUGCCAGAGUACGACUUCACCAGGCAUCGACGCACCGAGACGCCGCGACGAGUCCCCCCCGCCGACGUGAUCAUCAUUGAGGGCAUCCUGGUGCUGCACAUGGAGGGGGUGCGGGGCUUGCUCAACAUGAAGAUCUUUGUGGACACCGACGAUGACGUCCGUUUGGCUCGCAGGAUCCAGCGCGACAUUAGCUGUCGGGGCCGGGACGUGGCGGGCGUGCUGCACCAGUACACCCGCUUCGUCAAGCCAGCCUUCCAGCAGUUUGUGGCGCCCAGCCGGAAGCACGCCGACAUCAUAGUCCCCUGGACAGGGGAAGGCAACUCGGUCGCCAUCCACCUUAUCACGGAGCACAUUCGAACCAAGCUGCAGCAGCACGACCUGAGGAGGGUGUACACCAACCUGGAGCUCAUCCCCAGCACAUACCAGAUCCGUGGGAUGCACACUAUCAUCCGCGAUCGCGAAACUUCCACCGCAGACUUUGCCUUUUACUCGGAUCGCCUACUACGACUGGUGGUGGAGGCGGGGCUGGGCCACCUCCCCUUUGCGGAGAAGACGGUGAUCACCCCCACCGGCCACCCCUACGUGGGCGUGGACUUUGCCAAGCGGUUGUGCGGCGUUUCCAUCAUCCGAUCGGGGGAGAGCAUGGAGCCGGCGCUGCGCGCCUGCUGCAAGGGCAUCAAGAUCGGCAAGAUCCUCAUCCACAGGGUGGGUGACCAUGUGCUGCAGCAGGACACCAUCUACGAGAAGCUUCCCGCAGACAUUGCGGAUCGCUAUGUGCUGCUCAUGGAUCCCAUCGUGGGAACGGGAGAGACUGCGGUGAAGGCCGUUCAGGUACUGCUGAACAAGGGGGUACAGGAGGACCACAUUCUGUUCCUGUCGCUCAUCGCCGCGCCAGAGGCUGUGCACCGCGUCUGCCGCGCUUUCCCGAAACUCAAGCUGAUCACCAGCGAGAUUGACGAGGGCUUGGAGGCGUACCGGGUUAUCCCCGGCGUCGGCGAGUUUGGCGACCGGUAUUUCUGUGACUGA